AGGCACAUAAGGAGGUGGGGUCGGGAGCUCGGUUUCCGGUGGCGGAGCUGGGGAAGGGGCGGUAGGCGCCAUGUCCGGCCGGGAAGGUGGCAAGAAGAAGCCCCUGAAACAGCCCAAGAAGCAGAGCAAGGAGAUGGACGAGGAAGAUAAGGCUUUCAAGCAGAAACAAAAAGAAGAGCAGAAGAAACUCGAGGAGUUAAAAGCGAAGGCCGCGGGGAAGGGCCCCCUGGCCACAGGUGGAAUUAAGAAAUCUGGCAAAAAAUAAGCUGUACAUUGUGACUGAGGCGAUGGUGACCCUUGUUUCCAUUCCUGUUUAAACAUCUGGAUUCCGUGCUAAAACAUCUGUUGCCACCUGUAGUUAGAAUGAAGUGUUGUCUUGGAGCCUGUUGUACAUUUAAGAAUAAACUUUUGUAAAAAAAAAAAAAAAAAUCAUACAGUGGUUCAUCUGUUUAGUUCUUCUCACUCAACCAUUCCUAUCUUAGCUGUGUGGACUAAACCCAGUCCAGAAUCCCACCACAGUCUGCUCUUCGAUCUUUGUUAUGCCCUGGAUUCUGUAUCACCUGGAAUUAAACCAACUCAUUUGAAA